AUGGCCUCCUCAUCGGCGUCUUCGAGGCACCAGGUCACCAUCACCCUCGGCCGCAGCGGUCAGGUUGUCAAAAGGAGGGCUAUGUCUGAUGAUAUUGACGACGAUGAAGUGCCAUCGUCAGGGAAAAAGCGAUCUGUGAGGGAUAGGUUAGGAAGUAAUGUGUCUGAUUCUUAUUUUUAUGAAAGCCAGCAGAGAAACAAAAGGCGAGCGACAGAAAGUAGUAGCUCACAUGGAGAUGAUGGUUCAGGUCGUCUGGUUGGCAAGGAUGAUCUGAGACUGAAACUCAUGAGGAAAGGCUUGUUACAGAGGAGCAGUGGUGGUGCAGAGCAGAAUGGAAUGGAUCUCCGUGAAAAGCUUUCCCGAAAUCAUAAGAAGUUACCAAGAUAUGAUUCUAGAGGCCUUGCUGCAGAAUCAAGGGCUAGUUAUGAGAUGAGAGAUGAGCCCCCAGAGUUAAGGUCCAGAUAUCCUUCGAGGGAGGAUGUCCUAGGGUCAAGGCACUCUUCUGUUGUAAGUCGAGUUCCUUAUGCAAGAAGUGUGGAUGAUUUGUUAAAGUUGGACUCUUCAAGAAAAUCUUACCCCAAAUGGACAGACGAUGGUUUGAGGCACAGAUCACCUGAAAGGAUUUUUAGUGUUUGGAGUGAUGUGUCUCCACCGAUAGCUUAUGAUCAGAUUAGGCCCAUGCCACCCCUUAGAUCUGCCGGUUCCUCAAAACCUCAAAGUUUCAUUACAAGAGAUGCUCCUGACACGUCAAGGAGUCAACCAUAUGCUGGCAAAUCCACCAUUUCUGUUGAUACAGUACAGAGAACUAAUGGAAUCACUCCAUCUAGUGCAGCUCUGCCUAAGGCCCCUGUUAUGGCUGAAGCCCCGCUUACAGUUACUGGAUUGCUGAAUUCGUUGGGUCUUGAGAAGUAUCUUGUCCUCUUUCAGGCUGAGGAGGUGGAUAUGGCUGCAUUGAGGCAAAUGGGGGAGAGCGACCUCAAAGACAUGGGGGUACCAAUGGGCCCGAGGAAGAAGAUUCUCCUUGCGGUUGGCCCUCAGUCGAAACAACGGCAAAUAUGA